AUGUUGUUGCGUUUAAUUUAUAUAAAUAUUAUUAAUGAAAGUGUUGAUGCUUUGGAAGAACACUUUAUUGAACGACUUUCGAAACUUGUAUCAAUUCCAUCAGUGAGUUGCACUGCUUCAAAUCGACCGGAUGUCUUUAGAGUAGCGGAUGUUAUUUAUCAGGAGAUGAUAAAGCUUGGUAUUGAUGCAGAGAAGCGACAUCCGGGUACCCAGACUAUAGAUGGGGAACAAAUUGAUCUUCCUCCUGUUCUUUUUGGGAAAUAUGGAUAUGAUAAGAAUAAAAAAACUGUUCUUAUUUAUGGGGAUCCUGCUUCAAUUAGCGAUGGUUGGAGAACAGAUCCAUGGAAGCUUGUAUAUUGUAAAGAAACUGAUCGUUUGUAUGGAAGGGGCGCUACAGAUGAUAAGGGUCCUCUUAUUGGAUGGCUUAAUGCCAUUGAAGCUUUUCAGAAAGCAAAUAUUGAAAUACCCGUAAAUCUUGUUUUUUGUUUUGAAGGAAUGGAGGAAUCUGGGUCAGUUGGUUUAUAUGAAUUAAUUCAAGAAGAAGCCGAUAAAUAUUUUUCUAAUGUAGAUUGUAUUUGCAUUAGUGAUAAUUAUUGGCUCGGAACUAAGAAGCCAUGUUUAUCUUAUGGGCUUAGAGGUAUAGUAUGUUAUACUAUCACUAUAACUGGGCCUCCGGCUGAUCUUCACUCUGGAAUUUUUGGUGGUAUUACUUAUGAGCCUAUGACUGAUCUUAUUUAUUUGUUAUCAUCUCUUGUAAAGCCUAAUGGAUCUAUACUUAUUCCUGGAAUUAUGGAUAAAGUACAACCUUUGACACCUGAGGAGAAGGCUCUUUACGAAAAUAUAUCAAUUAGUAUGGAAGAGAUAGAACAUUCAUUAGGAUCUAAAACAUUAAUUUAUGACAAUACAAGGUGUACUUUAAUGCAUAGAUGGAGAUAUCCUUCUCUUUCUAUUCAUGGAAUUGAAGGAGCGUAUUCAUCACCCGGUAUUAAAACAGUAAUUCCUUCUAGAGUUUCAGGAAAGGUUUCUAUUCGUUUAGUGCCCGAUAUGGAUUGUGAGGAAGUUACAGUUUUAGUUAAGAAACACCUUGAGUCAGUAUUUGCAACUUUAGGGUCCAAGAAUGUACUUAGUGUUGAACCUAAUAAGGGCGCUAAAGCAUGGUUAUCUCCUGUAAACCAUUGGAAUUAUCGAGCAGCAUCAAAAGCUAUUGAAAAAAUAUAUGGUGUAGCUCCUGAUUUUACACGAGAAGGAGGUAGUAUUCCUGUUGUAUUAACAAUGGAAUCUUGCUUGAAAAAAAAUGUUCUUUUAUUGCCAAUGGGGAGAGGAGAUGAUGGCCCUCAUUCUAUAAACGAGAAAUUGGAUAGAUCUAAUUAUGUUCAGGGCAUAAAGCUUUUUGGCACAUAUUUAUGUGAGCUUGCUGCUGUUUAA